AAACAAAACUGUCCUUGGACUUAUCUUUCGUGACGAUAAAGAGCUGGUUGAGAUGUUUACUUUCACUGUCAACAUUUUUUUUAUUCCACUGUGUGCAUUUGUAAUCAUUGCUAUCUGCACAGCCAUUUUAAGCUCCCAACUACACACCAACUCUCAAUGGAGGAAAACAACAGUUAUUGCUUCCCAGGGACACAAGAUCACUAUUCGUAAUAAGAAGGUGGCAAAAAUGGUCGUUUCCAUCUUUACUUUGUUUAUUUCCUGCUUUGUCCCAACUGCUAUUAUAAUGUUGGCAAUGGCGCUAGUACCCGACAUAAUGAUUGGUGGAAAAUACUUCAAUGCAUCGAAGAUAAUGUGCGGGUGCAUUUUUAUCUUAGAGGGCAUCAACUCGUCGGUAAACAUUUUUAUUUAUUACAAUAUGAGUACGAAAUAUAGACAGGCGUUUCACACCAUGUUUAUUAUUGGAAAUGUGCACACUACCUAA